AUGUGUCCGGUGGUAAAAUAUUUUCGUUCUGAAUUAACUCGUAACAUUCUUCAAGUUACUAAUCAAUCAUCAUCUGACUCUCGCCUACUCAAUAAAAAUAUCAUUUUUAAUUCAACUAAUUUCCCACCUCCUCCACCACCAAAAUCUUCGACAUUAUCAAUAAAUCCUAUGAUGGUCAAGCUGGAUGAGUUAAUUAAUAAAUUAUCAGAAGUGAAGGAUCGUUUUGUUAAUUUGGAAGCCAAACAUGAUAAAUUCGAACAAUUUAUAUCCGAUAAAAAUCAUUACGAUGAAACAAUUAUUAAAAACAUGAAUGAUAUGUCUAAUAAAUAUAUGAUGUUAAAGAAAGAUGUUGUUCAACAGAAUUUAUUUAUUGAAAGACAUGAGAAUUUAUUUUGCAAAUUGUUAAUUCCUAUGACUGAGGAUAUAUUUACAUUUAUCUCGACAAAAAAUCAAGACAAGAAAGGUAAUCCACUAGAUGUAGAUCUUAAAUGUCGAAUUAAUCGCUAUUUUGUUCAAAUGAAGAAAACCACUGAAAUAAACCAUUUUCAAGCUAAUGACUUUGUCACCUUUUGCUGA